AAGGGAAGCAAUCCCAGCCUCUCUCUGUCACUGGGAAACGGCUCCCCUCCCUGCAAUGUGCUAUUGUUACACUGAGAGGCAGCGAACUGCCAAGAAUCCUUCUACUUCCUGCUUGUUUGUGCUUUCUCCUCCUCGCCACUGCAUACACAAUAUCCCCUCUCUCUCUCCCUCUCUCUCUCUCUGUCCCUCCCUCUGUGCAUGUGAAGAUCUCUCGGGUCUAGUGGAAGAACUCAUCCGUUAUAAAUGAGAGCGGACAUCAAUGAGCAACGUUAAACUGGCUUAACCAGAUUGGAAAAGGUCUCUGGGCUUGCAGUGUCUGCGGAAGGACCAGUGUCCACAGACACACACACACACAGCUCAUCCCACAAGAUCCAGCUCCUCUGCAAUAUUCCCUGGCACUCGCCCAGCCCUCUCUGCACCGAGACAACACAAUCUGCAUGACUGUCACAAAGAUGUCAUGGCGUCCGCAGUACCGCAGCUCCAAGUUCAGGAACGUUUACGGCAAGGCGGCCAGCCGGGAGCACUGCUUCGACGGCAUCUCCAUCACCAAGAACGUCCACGACAACCACUUCUGUGCCAUCAACCCCAGGUUUCUCGCCAUCGUCACCGAGUCUGCCGGUGGAGGCACCUUUGUGGUCAUCCCACUGGACCAGAUAGGACGGAUCGAUCCACUUUACCCCAAAAUCUGUGGUCACCAGGGAAACGUGCUGGACAUUAAAUGGAACCCCUUUGUGGACAACAUUGUAGCUUCCUGUUCCGAAGACGCAUCUGUGAGACUGUGGGAGAUCCCGGAUGGCGGUCUGAAGAGGAACAUGUCCGAGGCGGUCCUGGAGUUGUACGGACACAGUCGGCGUGUUGGCCUCAUCGAGUGGCACCCCACGACCAACAACAUCUUAUUCAGUGCCGGCUACGAUUACAAGAUACUAAUCUGGAACCUGGACAGCGGUGAGCCGGUGAAGAUGAUUGACUGCCACACCGACGUGGUCCUCUGCAUGUCCUUCAACACCGAUGGCAGCCUCUUCGCCACCACCUGCAAGGACAAGAAGCUGAGGGUCAUCGAGCCAAGAUCUGGGAAAGUGCUACAAGAAGCCAGCUGCAAGAGUCACAAAGUCAACCGUGUUGUGAUCCUGGGGAACUCGAAGAGAUUGCUGACUACAGGAGUGUCCCGGUGGAACACCAGGCAGAUCGCCCUCUGGGAUCAGGAAGACUUAUCGAUGCCAAUUAAAGAAGAAGAAAUCGAUGGGCUCUCGGGGCUCCUGUUCCCUUUCUACGAUGGUGACACACACAUGCUGUACUUAGCUGGAAAGGGUGAUGGGAAUAUCCGAUACUAUGAAAUUAGCACUGAGAAGCCAUAUCUCCACUACUUGAUGGAAUAUCGCUCACCAGCUCCACAGAAGGGGAUGGGUGUGAUGCCAAAACACGGGCUGGACGUGUCCAUGUGUGAGGUGUUUCGGUUCUACAAGGUGGUUACACUGAAAGGAGUGAUCGAGCCAAUAUCAAUGAUCGUGCCACGGAGGUCUGAAACGUACCAAGAAGAUAUCUACCCGAUGACACCCGGGACGGAGCCUGCACUGACGGCAGACGAGUGGCUCAGCGGCAUGAACAGAGAUCCGAUUCUAAUGUCUUUGAAGGAAGGUUACAAGUCCACAAAUGUCGCCUUCAAGCCGCCAAAAAAGGAUAAGAAAAGUGUGGUGGUGAAUGGGAUCGAUCUAUUGGAAAACAUACCACCUCGAACAGAGAAUGAGCUUCUGCGAAUGUUCUUCCGCCAGCAAGACGAGAUCCGCAGGUUGAAGGAGCAGCUGAUGCAGAAGGACGUGCGGAUACACCAACUGGAACUGGAGCUGAAGAAUCUGCAGAACGUGCCGAAGAGCACCUGACCUCUGGCUCCCAGCCGCCCUCACCUCACCCCUCCGGCAUGUCACUGACUUAUCAGCAACGGUUAUACGCAGAUUGUAAGAAUGCUAUAGGACCUUUGAAACCCGCCCAACCUGCCCCACCAUCCCGAGACGAGAGGUAAACUGGAAACCACGUCCGUUUGUCCGAACUGUUUAGCCAUAUGCACAACUAACAGCAGGUAUCUGGAGAGCUAAACACGGUCUAUACAGAUCGCGGCAUCUUUGGCAGGCUAGAGAAGCUUCCGCUUCAACAAGUGCUGCAUGCUAAUGAAUUUUAACCUUGUUUUACAAUUAAAUACUCCAAGGUGCCUCUGAGCUAGUGUCUUUGUCAGCCUUGCCCCAUGUAGCUGCUGAGGUUGAAGGUUGAAUGGAAGAGAGCUGAGCAAGAACGGGCCCAUCCACGCAUCACUACCUCAGCUACCGAAUCCCCUCAGAACUCCCCACACCUCCCUUCCUGUUGACGGCCAUCCACCAUCGCAUUGGACGCCUUGCAUCACAUUAAUGCCGGCCCUGGGUGUUGGAUGACUCAGGAUGCGCAUGUUAAUGAAGAAGCAUCGAGUGAAUGCGGGGCACUCUGACUCCUAUAGGGUCUCAAAGUUAAAUGAGCUUACAACAGGCAAAUCUCUGACCAUAACCUACCACAAUGUUUAGGUUUAAGAAGGAACGGCAGAUGCUGGAAAAAUCGAAGGUAGACAAAAAUGCUGGAGAAACCUGGAGGAAACCGGGGCGCUCGGAGAAAACCCACCUGGUCACAGGGAGAACGUACAAACUCCAUACAGACAGCAGCCGUAACCAGAGACUUGGGUUUGAGCCUGACCACGGUCGCUGCCUGUACAGAGUUUGUUUAUUCUCCCCGUGACUUCCGUGGAUUUUCUCUGGGAGCUCCGGUUUCCCCGCAGGUAUACAGGUCUGUACGUCCAUUGUAAAUUGUUCCUAGAGCGCGCUGGAUAGUAUUAAUGUGCGGGGAUCGCUGGUCGGCACGGGCUAGGUGGGCCGAAGGGCUUGUUUCUGUGCUGUAUCUCUAAACUAGACUCAACUAAAGGCAAUCAUGCUAUCUACGUUUCUCUAUCCACAGAUGCUGUCUGGCCUGCGGUGCAUGUCCGAUAAUCUUUUUUUUCAUAGAGAGACACAAAGUGCUGGAGUAUUUGUACUCUAGGCAGCAUCCCUGGAGAACAUGGAUAGGUGACGUUUCGGGUUGGGACCCUUCCUCAGCUGACAUAAAAUGGUGGCAUAACUCAGCGGGUAAACCAUCAUCUGCAGUUUCUUGUUUCCACAUUCUCUUUUUCAUUUCAGAUUUCCAGCAUCGUCAGUUUUUAGCGGUUAGACUGUGGUAUUUUUGUUGGAUCAGCCACAGGAGGGCAGGGCAAAGCAUUGGCAGACUUCCCCUUGGAGAGUGGAUGAGUUUUCACAGCCCAGAGACUGAGCUGAAUGUUCAAGGAAGGGAUGGGCAUGGUACACUAAUUAGCUCUUUUUAUUUUGUUUCAGAGGUUGGUUUACUGAUAUCUUAAAAGAGGUUAACAAAUGGUUCAUUAAAUCUUUACGGCCCAAUUUCAGCUCAUCUACAUCACUAUCCUGACCUGUCAGAACAGGGUUGAUAUCCCCUUGCUGUUUCUGUAAUUAUUACAAGCCCGUCUGCACCAGAUGGUUCCUCUCUCCUUUCACUAACAGUUCAAGGUAACCCAGUAACUCAGGCUCUAAGGCAGUCCUCCUCCCGGUUCAGUCUCAUAACUCCCACCAUUCUUUUCCUCUCUGUCUCAUGGAGGCUGUUGUUUCAUCUUCAAACAGCACGAGGGAAUGUACACAUCAAAUGUAAGUUUGGCUAUCACUGCGCAGUACAUAGAUAAUAACGUCAUUUAAAACCGUCACAACUACUGAUAGACUCGGACGUGUCAGUACCUAUCUUUGGGAGUUCACGAGAUUCCAAAAUGCCAGAAGAUCUGUGUGAUUUAUCCCAGCCCGUUAAAUGGGUCAUUGGUGCACCUUGCCGCCUACUGAUCCUUCCCUCUGUGGGAGGGAACAAACUCACCUCCCCAUCCAGCUGGUGGAACUAGUCUUGACAAAACUGAAGAGACAAAAGUUUAGGGGCAACAUGAGGGGGAACAUCUUUACUCAGGGAGUGGUAGCUGUGUGGAAUGAGCUUCCAGUGGAAGUGGUGGAGGCAGGUUCGUUUUGAUCAUUUAAAAAUAAAUUUGAUAGUUAUAUGGACGGGAAAAGAAUGGAGGGUUAUGGUCUGAGUGCAGGUAGAUGGGACUAGGUGAGAGUUAGUGUUCGGCAUGGACAUGAAGGGCCAAGAUGGCCUGUUUCCGUGCUGUAAUUGUUAUAUGGUAUAUGUUAUAUGGUCAUAUGGUUAAAACCAUUGGGUAACAAUGCGCAAAUACUACGUCAGUGAAGCAUGACCACACCUACCUUGUAUUGAGGUGGCAAGGGGGGUUCAUGAGUGUUAGAUACAAGCCUCAAGCGUUUGUCUCCCUGACCCACUCUCAGUCUGUGCGUAGUGGAGCAGAGCAUAUGUACAUGAGCUCAUGAGUGUACUGUCAGUUUUCAUUCCUCUCUGGGAUGUGGGUAUCAGUGGUAAAACCAGCAUUUAUUUCCCAUCUCUAGUUGCUCGAGAAGGUGCUGGUGAUCCACCUUCUUCAACCACGGUAGUCCUUCUGGUGAAGGUGCUGCCACAGUGCUCUUGAGAGAGCAAUCCAGGAUUUAGACCUAGUGAUGAUGAAGGAUUGACAAUAUAUUUCCAGGUCAGGGUGGUCCCUUUGAUUGCAUUUACAGAACCUGGAGGAGAUUGCAGUCACCUAGUGCAUAGAGUGGUCUGAAUUUAUUCUAUGGUAAAUACUUGUAAAAAUAGCAAGGUUUGGUAGCAAAAAACUGGAGGAUCGGGAUGGCUGACGGCUGUAGAACUGAGCCACGGAGACUGAAGAGAAUGUAUUUUGGGGAUUUGUGUAGGAAGGAUCUGCAGAUGCUGGUUUAAACCGAAGACAGACACAAAAAACUGGAGUAACUCAGCGGGAUAGGCAGCAUCUCUCGAGAGAAGGAAUGGGUGAUGUUUCUGGUCUGAAGAAGGGUCUCGACCCGAAAUGCCAUCCAUUCCUUUCCCCCAGAGAUGCGGCCUGCCCCGCUGAGUUACUCCAGCUUUUUGUGUCUAUCUUUGUAUUUUGGGGAUACCCUGACUUGGAAGUGGUUUGGGGGUGCAAAGAGCAGUCGGUGGCCACGGGGAGAGAGGGUGGUCAGGGUAAGGGUCAAUAAUGAAAUGGUUGGAAUAGGACACACACACGCACACACACAUAUACACAUACAUAUACACACACACACACACACACACACAACCUCCCCUUUCCAUUCUCAGGUAUCACGGCUAUAAUGCCCCGUCCCACUUGGGAAACCUGAACGGAAACCUCUGGAGACUUUACGCCCCACCCAAGGUUUCCGUGCGGUUCCCGGAAGUUGCAGGUGGUUGCCGGAGGUUGCAGGUAGUGGAAGCAGGUAGGGAGACUGACAAAAACCUCCGGGAACCGCACGGAAACCUUGGGCGGGGCCCAAACUCUCCCAGAGGUUUCUGCACAGGUUUCCUAAGUGGGACGGGGCAUUACACUUCCACUUGGCUUGCUACAUAACCUACAAUGGGCAGUAGUCAUUUUUUGUUGGUCUUUGUACUUCUGUGCUGAAUCAAAAAGUGCAUCCCUCUAGAGUUGGCUUUUGAAAAUAGUUGUCAGUAACAAAAUGCAUUCAUUUUCGAGCAUCCUAAAGUGUUUGAAACAAUAUACCAAUCGAACAACAACUUGCUUUGUGCAGCAGCAUCUUUGACAGAGCAAGCUAUUCUAAGGAGAUACGCAGGGAUGUUAUCUGCACAUUGGGCCUGGACUCAGAAGGGCAGAUCAGCCUGGAGGAGUAACUUGCUGGGGAGACAGAGGGGGAUAAAGUGGGAGAGAGAGAGACACAGAGAGAGACACAGAGAGAAAGAGAGAGAGAGAGAGAAAGGGUGGUUCUGAGAGAAAAGAGGAGAUUCUUGAUUAGUACGGGUGUCAAGGGUUAUGAGGAAAAGGCAGGAGAAUGGGGUUGAGAUGGAAAGAUAGAUAGAUCAUCCAUGAUUGAACGGCAGAGUAGACUCGAUGGGCCGAUUGGCCUAAAUUCUGCUCCGAUGGCUUAUGAACAUGAAAUUCCAGAGUUUAGGAUUAUCGCAGUUGAAGACAUGGCCACCACAGGUGAAUCAUUUAAAUUGCAGAUAGUCAUGUGUCCGGAAUUGGACGAUACCAAUACUGUGGGUGAUUACAAGAGAGCAGAAUAUCAAAGACAGAGAAAUGAUGGGGAGAUGUGAAUUUAAGAGGAAAUUUAACCAUCGUUAGACACAAAGUGCUGGAGUAACUCAGCGGCUCAGGCAGCAUCUCUGGAGAGAAUGGAUGGUGACAUUUCGAGUUGGGACCCUUCUUUAGACUAAAAUCAGGCUGUUGCUUAACUGGUAUUAGCAUUUGGUAUUCCACAAUCACAGUCUUAACUCCACUAAGUUUAAAGUCUUAUACCUUCCUGUACCUUGUUUGUUUUUUUCAUGAAUAGUAUUUCCAAGUAUGCUGCAAAUGUGUACCUGUUCACAGUGCAACCAGUGGAGAUGUGAAAACAAGGCAUUCUGAAUGUAGAUGCAGGAAUCAGGGAUGGAAAGAGGAUAUUAGGGGCUGAAUUACAAUCAUUCAGCUAUCCCUGCACAUUCGAAUCUUGUUUCGCCUGAAAACUGCUCCGUUGGAACUCCGGGCGAACACGAAAAGGCACUGUUUAAAAAGCAGUUGGUAAAUCCUGUUGUACAAGGAAUGUAGAAUGAGGUUAGGAGAUGGUGGCGUUUCUGAUCUUCAGGCGGAGGCCAAUUUUUGGUCGAUUCUUGCAGGGGAGACCAGGAGACCACACAAUAUACUGUGAAAACCCCACUCCAGACACACCUCAUGUACUGUGCUGAGUAGCGACUUACAUGUAAGAGCAUCUAGGGGGCCCUUCUCUAGCAGAAGGUGAGCCAAUCUCAUCCAUUCAUUGGCAGCAAUCUCCGCCAUGUCUCUGCCUGAGUUACUGGAAUUUCCUGGAGAAGGAUUGAGGAAAAACCCAUAUAUUUUAGUCCGCAUGCCUCAUGCAUGCCGGAAAGAUUAUUAAAGGGAUCAACAGUUUGGGAUGAGUACAGUGUUUGCAGAAGGAACUAUGGUUUUCCGAGCAGGUCCAAGGGUAUCAGACCUCCAGAGGAUCAAAGCAAGAAACACUCCAGUGACAAUAGGUGUUCCUGUCCGUCACUCCACAACUGAAUCUGGAGGGAGGAAUAUUAUAUGUCGAAACAUCAGGAACUAAAAUGGCCAACACUUAUUAAAGGAGGGUGAUUUAGGAAUGAAGGCGAUUCUAAUUCACCAGAUUUGUUACCGAAUUGUUGGCAAAUUUGGCAAUGAUUUGAUCGAUGAUUUAGAUGCCCUUCCCCCAUUGAUUAUUCCGAAUAGACUCUGUGAUACGUAAAUGCAUUUUAUUCUUGCCCUUGUACAUUCCACUCCUCUUGUCAUCGUGUAUUGUGAAUUAGCCAUGUCCUCGACUAACAAAGUCCAAGUCACUGUGAUUUUACUUUCCGAAAAGAAAUCACUUAAACUGCACUCUGUAACCGAUAACAUAAAUAAAAUAUUGUUUUCUCA